UUUUGCUUCCAGAAAGUGCAUUAUGAAUAUUUUUAAUUAUUAUAUAUCUCCCAUCCACAAAUAAAUCCCAGGAAAUCCAUGUAAAGACAAACAAAAUUUUUCUACAGAAUCCUACAGAGAUCUCCACGUGUCAAAAGCACAGCCUUGAAUUGCUCUCUUGUGGAGUCCUGUAAAAAAUGCUAGCCACCCUCAGGCUCAGCCUCAGUUCAAACCUCGGAGUCUUUUACUUGCAAAAAAAAAGCAGUCAAGGUUUAAGGAACAAGAAAAUGGCGGGUGCCAUUUCUGUUUCUUCGCCAAAGCCGUCAAUUCUGCAGAGCCCAGUUUCUGUGAAGGACCCAAACUCAAAUUUUCUUGGUGGGUAUUCUUCCUUUAACAGCGUUUGUUUACAGUUGAAAGCCAGAAGCAAGAAGAGACGAGAGAUUCUUAGCUUGGUAGUUGCUUCAGCCAAUACUGCCAUUGACAGUAAUAAGGGAGGAAGGUUUUACCUCAACUUCACUGGGUUUCCUUUUCCUCUCGGUCCUUUUCUCAAUAGGCGUACUAUUAGGACUGAGGCUGUGAAAGACUCCAUAUGGUUAUUUGAGCAAGAGCAAGCAUUAGGAUUCAGCAGUGUUUCGACAAACAUUAGAAUGACGGUCAUCAAACUCAAAUCUGGAGGGUUAUGGGUCCAUGCACCCAUUGCUCCAACUAAAGAGUGUAUCCAGCUUAUCAAGGAAUUGGGAGCACCAGUGGAAUAUAUUGUCCUACCUACAUUUGCUUACGAGCACAAAAUUUUCGUUGGUCCAUUUUCUCGCAAAUUCCCCAAUGCUCAAAUAUGGGUGGCGCCAAGGCAAUGGAGUUGGCCUUUAAACUUGCCACUUGAAUUUUUUGGGAUUUUCCGCGCAAGGACCUUGAAGAAUGAGGAUUUGUCCACCCCAUGGGCUGAUGAGAUUGAGCAGAAAGUUCUAAGCUCACCGGAAGUUGGAAUUGGGCCUUAUGUGGAGGUUGCAUUCUAUCAUAAAUGUUCAAGAACUCUACUCGUUACAGAUGCUGUGAUUUUUGUCCCAAGAAAGCCACCUGAGUGUAUUGGCAAAGAAGCUUUAUUGGCCUCAGCAAAAAAUGGUUUGGCUGUAAAACUUCUGAGCAAAGGAAAGGAAGUACCUGAUGAACCAGUUGUUGACAAUAAGAUGAAUCGUCAGAAAGGGUGGGAAAGAAUGGUUCUUCAAAUCUUGUUCCUGGGUCCAUCUAAUCUGUUGGAACCUAAUGCCAGCUUUGCUCAAAUGUCGCAGAAACUAAUUGUGUCUCCUAUUGUUAAGACACUGGUCUUCAGCAAAGUUCCUGAAAAGGUCAGAGAUUGGACUAAUAGCAUUGCAAGAGACUGGAAAUUCAGAAGAAUAAUCCCUGCUCAUUUUGCAGCUCCAAUAAAUGCAGGGAGGUCUGAGUUCCUUGCUGCAUUUGGCUUUCUUGAUGAUCUUCUUGGUGAGAAGUACAUUACUAGACCUUCGUUAUCUCAUGUCUUUGCAUAUCUCAUGGGAAAGGCAGCUAGUUAUUUCCCACCAGAUGACAUGAGAACCUUAUCAUCCCUUGACCAAUUCUUGGUCUCAGUUGGAGCAGUGAAGAAAACUGUAUCCGGCCGCAAGCAAUGAUAUAGUAUUGCAGAAUUAUGCUUUAACUGCAAAGUUCCACCCUCUUAUACGUACAAACAUAUAGUUGCAGGAUUAGGGUAAAAUGAGCCUUGUCCUAAAAUUCUCCUAUAACUUCACUUUCCGAGAAGGAAAUAUAGUUUUCUGUACAUCAUCCAUAUAUUUUCAUUACAGAACAGAAUGUAGCAUUUUGAGCUAUAUUGCUUUUUGAAGGAGAAUCUUACUAUUUUACCAUGA